AUGGCAAACGACACGGAACUCAUUAAAUCGUUCAUUUGGAGUAAAACACAGACGAACUUGUCAAAACUUCUCAAAGAAUACCCACUGCCUCAGAUUGUUCGAGUCGUGGAUGGCUUCUGCAGCAAAAACGAAGACACAAUAUUAUAUGACGAACAGAUACUGGCCUUGCACGAAAUACAUUCAGUACGGAAGCUAAUUGGUACGGACAGUUCAGAUACGCAAGUAGCUGUUGCAUUGUCGUGCCCAACACAAGUCCUAGUCUGCCCGUCCAAAUGUAAGUACAUAGCGUGUAAAGUCGAAAGUUUCCAAUCCAUUUUUCCUAACAUACAAUACGUACGAGUGAAAAAUUUCGGGCCUCAAUCAAGGAAUGCCAAUAAUGAAAGCACGUUCAAAGUUGGUGACAUAAUACAAAUUCAAAACAUUGACAGAAAAAAGAAAAGUGUCCUUUGUCAGAAUACGGACACCAAAGAAGACAUGACUCUUUCCUACAACUCCCCGGCGAUUUUUACCCCCUUGCUGAACUGCCAGAAAUAUACACUCUCGGAAGUUGUGACCAACUACGGCCUGCCAUCGAGGGUGUGCCUUGUAAGCACCGGUUCGCAGGCUGCUCAAAACUCGGAUCAGUGGAACAGCGCGUUAACAGGUCUCACUGAGGUGGUCUUUCAUAAAGUGGAAACUGAAGUUAAAGUUAUCGCAACUACCGUUGGGGGAGGGGUGGGUGAACUAACGCACUGUAUAGGUCUACCGACUGACCUACCCAUCAGCUGCACAGUCGCAAAACGUUUAACUAAAAAUUGCGAGAGUUAUGAAGAUUUUCUUCAAACGCUACACGCAGGUUUCGACAGCAAGAACCUUUCAGAGAGAGUGAAUGUAUUCCAGGAAAUAAGCCGUGUAAAGAUACAGGAUUAUUCCAACAGUAUGACUGUCUCACGACCACAAUUACCCGACACCUUACCGAGUCUCGUACGAAGUACUGCGCCGAGAAAUCAGCACCACGUUUCUCCAAAACCUAAGAAAAGAACCAUAACGUUCAACCUCCCUCAGUCACCAAAAGAUUCCAAUUAUCCACUAACUGAUCCUAAACAAUGCUCACGAAGUCCUCCCGAAGACAGUACGACCACAACCAAAGUAAACGACGAACUCUCACGAAACCAUCCCGAAGAUAGAGCGAUUACGGCCGAAGAUACUUACAUUAAAAUGGGGAGAACAGAGAAAAAUGAUUAUAAAUGCAAUCGACCUAAAACACACUCGUUACAUUCAAAUAGUUAUGAAGAAGUUAAGCCGCCAGCAUGGAAUUCAAACUUCAACCAAGAAUUUGCCGCGAAUCCUAGUUCACUCCCAAACAAACAAUUAUCCGAAAGUCACAGUGACUAUGUCAUCCCAAUGAUAUCGCCAAAUGUAAAACCUCAGACAAGGAAGUUUGGAGUACACAAACGAACGGAUGCAAGAAAUAAAUCUACUGAUAGUCAUGGAAAUGUCAAGUGCAAAAUGGAUAUGAAGCAUGUUUAUGAAGAAGUGAAUCCAAAAUUGGAAUGGGAUUCAGAUUCCAGGAAGUUUAGAAGAUCUACGAAUUGUAAAUCGCAAACGGCAUCAAAUCUGAGAUCAGAAAAACCAUUAGAAAAGAAAUUUGCAGCGAUAAUUACUACAGACGAUAAUUACGACAUCCGGUCGAUACAAAUAUUAGCAAAGUACGUAUAG